AUGGAGAUCCGAGGGCUGCUGAUGGGUAGACUACGGUUAGGACGACGGAUGGUACCGCUGGGGGUGGUGUGCAUCACGGCGCUACUCCUGCUGUUGCCGCCCUCCGCUACCGUGCAGGGCCGGCACCACGAACUCAACAAUGGGGCCGCCAUCGGUUCGCAUCAGCUGUCGGUUGCCGGCGCUGGCCUAUCCUCCCAAUCCGCCCAGUCCGGAUCGCUCGCGUCCGGUGUGAUAUCGUCCGCACCUGCUGCCGGCGGCGCAUCCUCCGCCUCGUCGUUGUCAUCGUCGGGCGAGGAAGACGUGGCACGGAUUACGCUCAGCAAAGAUGCAGAUGCAUUUUUUACACCAUAUAUAGGUCACGGUGAGUCCGUACGAAUUAUAGAUCCCGAGUUGGGCACGCUCGAGCGCGAGCAUGUCCACAGUGGCGCAACACCGCGGCGGCGCGGUCUGACGAGGCGUGAAUCGAACUCGGACGCUAACGACAACGAUCCGCUGGUAGUUAACACCGACAAGGGUCGCAUUCGGGGCAUCACGGUGGAGGCACCCAGCGGCAAAAAGGUAGAUGUGUGGCUCGGCAUUCCCUACGCACAGCCACCGGUCGGGCCGCUACGUUUCCGCCAUCCCCGACCGGCGGAGAAGUGGACCGGCGUGCUGAACGCGACCACACCGCCGAACAGCUGCGUGCAGAUCGUGGACACCGUGUUCGGUGACUUCCCGGGUGCGACGAUGUGGAACCCGAACACGCCGCUGUCGGAGGACUGCCUGUACAUCAACGUGGUGGCACCGCGACCCCGCCCGAAGAAUGCGGCCGUUAUGCUGUGGAUCUUUGGCGGUGGGUUCUACUCCGGCACGGCCACGCUCGACGUGUACGAUCACCGGGCGCUCGCAUCGGAGGAGAACGUGAUCGUCGUAUCGCUGCAGUACCGUGUGGCAAGUUUGGGUUUCCUGUUUCUCGGCACGCCGGAAGCGCCCGGCAAUGCGGGACUGUUCGAUCAGAACCUUGCGCUACGCUGGGUGCGAGAUAACAUCCACAGGUUCGGUGGUGACCCAUCGCGAGUGACACUGUUCGGGGAGAGUGCCGGUGCAGUAUCCGUCUCGCUACAUCUGCUGUCCGCGCUUUCGCGCGAUCUCUUCCAGCGCGCCAUCCUGCAGAGCGGCUCACCGACGGCACCGUGGGCACUCGUAUCGCGCGAGGAAGCGACGCUCAGGGCGCUGCGACUAGCGGAGGCGGUCGGAUGUCCGCACGAACCGAGCAAGCUGAGCGAUGCGGUCGAAUGUCUGCGUGGUAAGGAUCCGCACGUGCUGGUGAACAACGAGUGGGGCACGCUCGGUAUAUGCGAGUUCCCGUUCGUGCCGGUCGUCGACGGUGCGUUCCUGGACGAAACGCCCCAACGGUCGCUGGCCAGCGGACGGUUCAAAAAGACGGAAAUUCUCACCGGCAGCAACACGGAGGAGGGGUACUACUUCAUCAUCUACUACCUGACGGAGCUGCUGCGCAAGGAGGAAGGCGUAACCGUGUCGCGGGAAGAAUUCCUCCAGGCGGUGCGGGAACUGAACCCGUACGUUAACGGUGCCGCCCGGCAGGCGAUCGUGUUCGAGUACACCGACUGGACCGAACCGGACAACCCGAACAGCAACCGGGACGCGCUGGACAAGAUGGUGGGCGACUACCAUUUCACCUGCAACGUGAACGAGUUCGCCCAGCGGUACGCCGAGGAGGGCAACAACGUAUACAUGUACCUGUACACGCACCGAAGCAAAGGCAACCCGUGGCCACGCUGGACGGGCGUUAUGCACGGCGAUGAGAUCAACUACGUGUUCGGGGAACCGCUCAAUCCCAGCCUCGGCUACACCGAGGACGAGAAAGACUUUAGCCGAAAGAUCAUGCGAUACUGGUCCAACUUUGCCAAGACGGGCAAUCCCAAUCCCAACACCGCCAGUAGCGAAUUUCCCGAAUGGCCCAAACAUACGGCCCACGGACGGCACUAUCUGGAGCUCGGCCUCAACACGUCGUUCGUCGGUCGGGGUCCCCGGUUGAGGCAGUGUGCCUUCUGGAAGAAAUAUCUUCCCCAGCUCGUUGCAGCUACCUCUAACAUUGGAGGGGAACCACUGCCGAGUGCACCGUGCGAAAGCAGCGCAUUUUUUUACCGACCUGAGCUGAUUGUGCUGCUAGUGUCACUGCUUACAGUCACGGUCAGAUUCAUACAAUAA